AUGGAUGAAAAAAUUGAAGCGAAUGGGAAGAACAUUGAAUUGCAAAUGACUGAAGGCAAAGACGAGCCUAUGAAGGAGGCUACAGGGAGUGAACAGCCUCAGCUGGGAAGGUAGGGAGAAAUAUUUAUUAAAUAAACUUUAGGGGGUUGCCACGUAUGAGAUUUCGAAAUCGAUUUCUGAGCCAGUUUCUUGAUAUCUGUUGAUUUCAACAUUGAGGAUUAUUAUAUUUUUUCCUGAAGAUUAUCAGUGACGGUAGUUUUGGAACAUUUGAAUGUUUCAAAACGUUGGAUCAAUUUGAAAACAAAUACUGUUAUAGUGAUGAAAUAUCGUCUGAAAUACGUAAAAAUGAUAGAAGCUUGUCGAGUCUUGCUAUACCCUUACCACUUUGUAAGCCAAGAACAUUUGUGAUUUCUAAUUUGGAAAUCAUCGGUCUCUGUAGUGACACCGAGCCCAAACCAGAUUUCUAGAAGAUUCUGCCGUGAUCGACGUUAAUACCAACUAUUUUUACACUGAAUAUCUCUAUCAGUUCUAAACUGUUCCUAUAGAAGUUCAUUUAGGGUUAUGGGAUUAAUUACAGGAUUCAAACCUCAACGGUGAAAGGCGCUUAUGUUCCCAACCUAAUUCGAAAUGUUUUGGUUCAUGAUAAAAGAUAAACAUGACGUUUCAAAUGCAACCAAUUUCGACGAUUUUAAUUAAGUUCCCAUUCAGCAAUGUUUUUUUUGUUGGUUUUUUUAUUUAAUUUUUCGCCCAAUUACAUAACAAUAUUAAAGAAGUAGAAUGAAAUAUUUACAAAAUUAGGGCUAGGAACCUUCUAGAAACCAAAAGGCUUUUGUUUAAGGUCUCUAGGUAAUAAUUAUAUAACUAGUUAUAUUCAUAAUCUGGCAUACAGUUCGAAUGUGUUUUUUUUAAUGUCAGGAAUUUUUUUGAUUAAUGUACAAUACAUUAAUUAAUGUUACGACACGACACGACGUCCAGUCAAAAGGCCAACUCAUCAUGUGGUAAAUCUAACGCAUUGAUCCGAGAAAAGGCUAAAGCUCUACCCUAUAGGCCUGAAUAUUCUACCCCCCAUGCAACCACAGUGAUGCAACCAACAAUUAAGUUUGAUUUAAUUGAAUUGGACGUUUCAAUCAACCUUCGAAUUAUGUAGAACUCUGUGGAACUUGUGCUUAUUUAUAGAUUUGGUUCAUGAUACGCCCCAAUGUUUGAACUAUUUUUUUAUAUUUAUUGCUUUCACCAUGUCCAUGUACACUGGAAUUUUUUUUUCAAAAUGCUUACUAUGGAAAAAGUAUGAAUCUUCGCUGGAAAUAGUACGGAUAAGACUGGAUAAGACUCGCAACCAAUCCCCGUUGACUCGAUAACUCAAUGGGUAGAGCGGCGAUCUAGAUACCCGAAGAUGCGAGUUCAAAUCCCGCUCGAGUCGACGAAUUUUUCGUGGUCGAUUGCAGUGUCAGAAUAAAAGGCAGAUGUUUUUGAAAGACGGAAGGAACUUUGUAUUUAUUUUGAAAUCUGAUCCUGUGUUGUGAUAAUAUUUUCCCUUAUAUAGUAUAUGCCCCAGGGCUGAGACUUUUUAUUAAAAUUUGCAUAAUAAACAAUUUGGACAGCUGAGAGUAUCGUAUUGCAAGAGGAACUAAAUGACCAUGGAAACGGCAAACACUGACAAAUUCGAGACAAAUUUAAUAAAGAAAAAAGUCUCUUCGCGCGAACAAAUUCACUUAGUGGAAAAUAGGCUAAAGAAUUACUCUAUUGUCUUGUGAUCCAGAUGUCCAACCACAAUAGACUUUACUGUUUAGUGCACUUUUGCCCCAAUGACCUAUAGGCACAUCCGCACAUGAUAUCGAUCGAGCCCAAUCACAAGCCUAUCCUAAAAAACAUUGGGGCAAGAAUACAGUCUAGAGGCAUAGAAUCCGUUCAGUGCAAUAUUUCGUGACGAUUAAACACGUCCUCCAUUUUUGGCACAUAUUAGUGGUUGGGAUGUUUGUGAUGCAUGAUGGGAAGGCGUCAAACUCAUUGAUGCCCCCCCCCCCCCUGAAUUUACAUAGAGCAAUUGGGGGGACGUGGCAGCAGCUCCAAGACCUGACUAGACGAUUUGCCAAGCUUAAAAAAAGUGCAGAUCUAAAAACACUUAAAAACAUGAAAUGUCUAGAAACUGACUCAAACUGUCAAUGGCAUUUUUGUUGCAACUUACAUAAUACUAUGCAACAUAGCAUUGGAUAGUCUUAUGCCAAAAUAGUUUUGCUUGCUGAAGACGAGGCUGAAGACAAAAUAGUUUUUCUGAGUUAUGAGCAGAAAUAAUUGAUCCCAAACGUUGGGCUAUAUAUCAAACUGAAGCUAUUGAAAAUUGCUAUUUGGUGUGGAAAUUUCAAGACUUCAUGCAGCGAAAAGAGAAAUAUUUAAAAAAUACAAAAACAACUGCUAUUCGGCGAAAAAAUGGCAAAUUAUCGGCAAUUAUUUUUGUAGUUUUUUAAUAUUUCCCUUUUAGCUAAAGUCUUGAAAUUUCUACCCCAAAUAGCGUUUUUCAAUAGCUUCAGUUUCAUAUACAGCAUAACGUUCAAUGUUGAGUAUUUCUGCUCAUAUUAAACUCAGAAAAACUAAAAUGCACUGGCUUCAAUCCCCCCCCCCCCCCCCCCCCCGAGUUAGCCUUCCAGUUUACAUAUAGUUCAAUGGACGAGGGUGACUCAUCUACUCGUUCACGUACAUUAGAAGAAAAUUGCACUAACUAGAAAUCCCAGCAAAAACCGGUCUUAAUGGACCAUUUGCAUUAUAGACUAAAUUUUGAUCUAGACAAAAAUUUCAUCACAGCUUGAAAGAGCAUCACAAAAUUAGUAAUAUUCCAAAGUUUCGUUGCGAAAUGUUGUAAAAUGCGGAUAAUAUAGCCUUGCGAAGUUUGCAAUUUUCAGUCAUUUUGUAUUACAAACGGGAAAUUGAUGCCCCAACACCCGAUUGGGCUGUCAAUUUCCGGUGCGUAAUACAAAAUGACUGAAAAACGGCAAACUUCGCAAGGCUAUAUUAUCCGCAUUUUACAACAUUUCGCAACGAAACUUUGGAAUAUUACUAAUUUUGUGAUGCUCUUCCAAGCUGUGAUGAAAUUUUUGUCUAGAUCAAAAUUUAGUCUAUAAUGCAAAUGGUCCAUUGAAACAGUCUAACAAUUCAUAAAACAGGUGCCCGUAUUCAAAACCUCGUGGUUCGAGUUUUUAUUUGGAAAACAUUACAACAAAUAACCAGUAAAUAUAGUACCGACUUGAACCUGGUUUACACUACCAAAGACAAAGUUUCUGUGAUGACAGUAGAAAUUUGGUAUACUCUAAAUUUUAUAAAUUCUAAAUGAGGGAACCUCGGAGGGAACAGUUGACUUGGUGUUUAACACUGAUUCAGUUCUCUCAAAGAUUGCUUGCAAAUCCCUUUAAAACGUAGACGUAUGGAAAAUUCUACGGCUGUGAUCACAGAAACUUUGAUAUGUAAACCAGCCUUUAAAUUAGAUGCGUAGGUUUCACUUAAAGGGAAAUGGCAAUAUAUUUUUUUAUUUUCUCGUUUGGAAGAACAUUUAAAAUCGUAUAGAAAACUCUUUUACCGUUUUUUCAUAUCUUGCUUCCUUCUACAAAUAUUUUAAUCGAAAGAAAUGAAACGUCCGCCAUCUUGGAUUUUUGUCGAUAUGCAUGUUACGUCACAACAGGGGUCAUGCAAUAUUUUUAUCUAGACAACCACUAAUCAUUUUGCACUCAAAAUUAUACUCUGUAUGCGCUUGGAAAUAUCAAGAUCACUUGAAACCUUUAAAACAUCUACCAAUCAAUAUUUGGUCAGCAACGGAUACUUUUAUAUGGUUAAUCCCUGUUGUGACGUCACCAAAACUACCGUUAAUGAGAUAAAAAAUGUAUCCAAGAUGGCUGACAUGUCAUUACUUCAAGUGAAAAUAUUUCAAGAACUAAGCAAGAUAUGACGAAUCGGUAAAAGAAGUUAUUAAAUAGUUUCAAAAGUUCUUUCAAAUGAGAAAAUAAAAAAAUAUAUUGCCAUUUCCCUUUAACACUAUGCAUAUCGUCAUAUCGUGUAGGAGAUGGUGGUCAAUCUGCAGUUGUUAGAGUGAGAAAAUAUAUGUUGAUUCUUUUCAUUAUGGAGUAGUCUUGUAUUUGGAAACAAAAACUGAACAAAAGAGUGAUAUUUAGCGCAUGCAAUAUAGUCGACACCGACUCGACAGCUUGGCGUCAAGUCCGAUUAAUGCCGGCCUGUAAUUGAGUCUGCUAUCCUGUCAAGCCGGUUUUUCACUGCAGAAUUGUGAUUAGUUUAGGGGCCGGUUGUAUAAAACUCUUAAUCACUUUUUAAUCACUAUUUUGUAGUUAAAUAGUGAUUAACUCUCAAAUACGCGCUUCUUAUUGGAUGACAUUUCCACUAACUAUAGUUAAGUUUGAUCACUUUUUUAUACAACCGGCCCCUGGAACGAAAGACAAUCGGGUACCUCUUAUCAUGAAGACAACUUUAGAAAUUUAGAAUACUUUCAAAUCAGUCGGUCGUAAAAUUGCCUUGUCUGUUUUUGAAGUCUGGGAAACACGAGCGGCUGGCUCUUCCUCUAUACUAUAAUAUCAAAAUAGUGCAGAUAGAAAGUCAUACUCGUGUCUUCACAUUUUUCUCGAAACUUCUAACUGAUAAACGUUGUGUCAAAGUGCAAACAUGACAACUCAUUAAAAUUUAAUAUAUUUUUAUCUUUAAUACAUUCCUAAUCGGUUGUAUAUAAUAGUUCUUUAUCUUGAGCGUUGCCUCACAACAAAGCCGUAUCGAAAAUAGCAUGUGGUCGUUUAGCUAUAUUGUGUGAGAGUUACGAGACUGUUCUCGUUUAUCUGUUAUCUUAUUGACGUCCAUUUCGUUUCUAAGGAGUUGAGAGGCUGUGUCUUCUUUGACGAAAGUAACAUUUAGCUAGGUAACGUUUGUGGAUGUUUAAUUGCCUCACAGCCAGGAAUUGAAUUGCAAAAGACUCAGUUUAAACGAAAAUGUUUCCUUUCUCCGCCUUGUUAUCUUAACUGUCUGUUCUGCACUUUGUUGCUAAAGGUUUGAAUUAUAUUUUUACUAAAUUACUGUGUGUAUUUUUUACUGUACUCUGUAGUUCUGCUGCGGCAAAGUUGAAUCUAGGAGCAACCAUGGACGAGCCACUGACAUCAAAGUCGAUACAACUUCACGAGAAAGAUGAAACGCCACAUGCUUUCGCUCCAAACGGCGACGAAACGAAUCUGAGCGAGAACAUCGAUGAGCGGGAAACAUGGUCGACAAAAUUAGAUUUUAUGUUAUCCAUCAUUGGUUACUGCGUUGGUUUGGGGAAUGUUUGGAGGUAAGUCUGUGUAUAUCAGCCGAUAUUUAUACUACCCAACUUUUGUCUUUCGAUCUAAAAACUGUCGCAUGCAACCUCAAGCACGCAACGUACUCACGAUAACGUAGGCAAGUUGUGUACUUGAUUUACACAGUACAACUCAAGUUGUAAGCAGGUUACAUGCGACAGUUUUAGGCAAAAGUUAUGUAGUGUAAAUCAGCAUUGUUUGUAGAAAUUUAUAAUCGUCUAUAUAGGCUGCUCAUCUCAAAAAUUCACAACCGGUUGUGAACGCAAUUCAGAAACAAUGCUAAUUUACUCUACACUACAUUUUUCCCGCUUAUUCAUGGUAGCUAAUUCAAUCAGUUCAUUCACGUUUUUGUGCAAGUACGAACACUCUACAAGAGGCCCGCGUUAAGGAACAGGCCUCGGUUUGUCGUUUUAAAAUCGCCCUAAUUUAGACCGAUCUCAUGCAAAACGUCCUUUUAAGGCUACUGAGCAUUCGCAAAAUGUCGUGAACCCAAAGACCAAAGUGAACACAAUUUCCACUAUAGGUCACUAUACAUAGGUGACGACAACUCCAUGCACAUAGAAUAAACCUUAUGUUUACAUAACUGAUCGCAUCAGAAUGAAUUUUACUUUCUGUUCAUAUAGGUUCCCGUAUUUAUGUUAUAAAAACGGCGGGGGUAAGUUUACGCUAUGUUAUUCAGGCAUGUAAUUGUUGUAAAUUUGUUGAAAGUUUAUUAAUAACUCUGUUACAUCUGUGGUUAUAUUGGCAUUCUGGUGUUUCCCGCUUCUGCAGCACGCUAUGUUUAUUUGACACGUCGUUAAAAUUUGUAAAAGAAGAGGGAGGUCAGGGGGCGUUGUAUAUUUGUUGAAGCAUUUAAAGUAUCUAAGAGUAUCUUAAAAGCAAAAACUGAAGUAUUACGAGAAGUACAGAGCUUUUAAACUUAACUCUUCAAACUAUGAAAGAAAUGAUGGAUAAAAGAUCAGUUGAUAACGAAGCCAAACUUGACCUCAUCUCUAACUGAAAUGAAGCAUGCAAUUCAAACAUUUUAAAGUUUGUUAAGUCAACAUUUGUAUCUUUGCCGUUCAAUUGUAUAUGCCCGCUCAGACUUGUGUACACGUCUCAGUGAAGUCUGACACUCAUUUCACUAAAAAGGCUACACGGGAUUAAUAACACAAAUAUGUAUGCAUGCGUUUAUAUUUGUCAUUUUUUUUUAUGUCUAUAUUUGGCAUUAUUUGCAUGUCACAAGUACAUACUUGAUAUUUUCGUGGCGCUCAUGGCAUACUUUGCUGUCGCCACUGUCCCUCACAGCCGGGACGAGCAAGAAUACACAAGUAUUUCUCUUUGAACUUGACCUCAGGCUGCUGGAAACACGAGAAAUUGAUUGUCGAAACUGGGGUCUCUAAUAUCUGCAAUUUUCCACAAGAGUGGCCACUUGUAAAAUGAGGUGAUGUUGUGACCCUCUAGUUGUCCUUCCCACUGCAGCAUUCAAAGUGGAAGCACAGUCCUCUCACAAGACUGAGGUGAAAUUAUAAUGACUAUGAUCGGAUAACAGGAAUUAAACUUCGGUCAUAAUGAAAGUGAAAGCAAACGUUUUAUACUCGGAUAUUAGCAAGCAAUGACAGGGAGUUUAAAGAUGAUGUCCACUCAGGGCCGGAUUAACCACGUGGCAGAUGCGGCAUAUGCCGUGGGCCUCGCGCUUAUGGGGGCCUCGCGCUUUACUGUGCCACGCCCAUUUUAACGAGAACACGCCCAUUUUUUAUUGGGACACGCUCAUUUUAGGUGCCUCGCGAAUUUAGGGAUCUCGCGCAUUUAGGGCCCCUAGGCUUGGCAGUUGGCCCAGGAAAAUAUGCAAUACUCAUGUGCAUGUAAUCUCCAGUUGCGCUGAGCUGUUAUAUGAUCUAUGAUUCAACAACUGGGCCAGGCAGGCCAUUAUCUCGUUUAUAAUUGAUGCCAAUCAAUUGAAAUAUUGAAAACAAUUAUUUAACAAUUUUGUGUGUCUUUGAAUUCAAAGGUUUUCAUAACGAGGGGGAGGGGGGUUUGGGGGCCUCGCGCUAAAAUCUGCCACGGGCCUCGCGCGACGUUAAUCCGGCCCUGUGUCCACUCCGUUCUGCGCAUCAGUUCUGCUCAUAACAAAAGGGGACCCCCAGAUAUAAACAUUGCUACAAAUUUUGCAUCUUUCGAAAUUUUUUUAAUUGAAACGUACAGUUUAUAUUCAUUUACAAGUAAAGCAAACCAGAAAAGUGUUAGAUAUUCAGUUAGUAAUAUCAUAUUUUACAAAUAUAGCAGUUCAAAAAUCAAAACGUAAACAAAGUUCGCGCAUGUGCACAGGAGUGGACAUCAUCUUUAAGCAAGCCUGGGAAUGACAGGGAGUUUAUGGGGGUAGCCCUGCCAUGGGUUCUUACUUUCCCGUUUGGGAACUACUGUAGCCGUUAUUGUUUCUUAUAAUAAAGCUGUUAAAACAAAUAAAACAAGCGACGGUUUUAUCAACACAGACGUCAGAUUACCCAGCGCGGACUGUGAAUGUAUCAGUUUUUGGUUAAUCUUCAACACACAUCAACACAGACGUCAGAUUACCCAGCGCGGACUGUGUUUGUAUCAGUUUUUGGUUAAUCUUCAAACACAUGACAAAACAUAAGGUUUUUAAAGUUUUUUUGCUUCCUUAUACGAGCGCUAUGCUGGAGCGCUAUGCUUAUACGAGCGCUAUGCUGAGUUAUACCAAUUUUCGACUUAAGUUCACGGUUGUUUUUUUUUACCGUGGUUUAUGUCUGAACUACGAGAAAUACUUCAACAUUUUCGGCAAAGUCCGUCCUUGAGAUCCGCGGUUAGCCAUUACUAACUACUAACUAUGUCUCGCUGCAGCGACAUUCCUGAUUCCAUACUUCCUCAUGUUGGCUCUGUGCGGUAUUCCUAUGAUGUUGACAGAGUUUAGUCUGGGACAAUUCCUGAGUCUGGGACCACCGUCUACCUUCGCUACCAUAUGUCGCCUGGCAAGAGGUGAGAUAUAGUACCGUCAUUGUCAUCACCACAUUCCAUUAUAACUAAUUUAAUUUAAUUUAAAAACUUUACAAUCAACAAAACGAUUGAAAGUACAGACAACAGAACUGAGGAGUCCCAAAUUAAGUCCUACCUACACAUUGCAUCGACAUUGUAAAACAAUAGAGACAGGUUACAACUUAGCUACAAUACAAAAUUACAACACACGAUAAAUGCGUUCCAAACCAUCCUUACACUUUCCAAAGUUAAUAUGAACUAGACGUGGACCGCCCAUAUAUUGCAAUCCUUUCUAAGUCAACUGCCUUAAAAUGAAGAGACCUGAAAUUUGCAAAGAAGGUUUGGAAAAUGAUCAAGUUAGAAAAAAAAAUGUAUACAUAUAGAUGACUCAACAUUGUGCAGCACAGACAUAGUCACAGAAUACAGUAAACAUCCUAAACAUGCAUGUGCUCCAAGCUGUCCCUGCAUUUUCCAAAGAUAGGAUUUCAAGAACUAUUACCACGUUCGUCACUGUCAUCACCUUCAACAUCAACAUCACCACCACAACUACCAUUAUCACCAUCGCCAUUAUCACCAUCAUCAUCACCAUAGCAACCACCAUCAUCACCACUAUCAUCACCACUGCCAUUAUCAUCACCAUAAUUCUUUCUUCUGCUCUACUCUAGGUGUUGGUAUGGCGAUGAUGAUGAUUUCGUUUUUGGUCUCCACAUAUUACAACGUCAUUAUAUGUUGGUCUGUUGUCUAUCUCUUCAGUUCGUUUGCAAGCGAUGUUCCUUGGAAGGAUUGUGACUCUGAAUGGGCCAGUGAUAAAUGCAGGUGAGUAGUGGUGGUGGGCAGGGCUCGAAUUUUAUCGCGGCAAUUGCCGUAGAGGGAGAACAAAAUGCCGUGGAUCAUUGCGGCAACGACGGCAAUUUUUUGCCGUAUAGUGCAAUUUUUAUGGUGGUGGUGAUCUGAAUCAUUCCUUGAAUUCAUUAAUAAUGGUUUUCAAAUUCUUUUGCCAGUACUGUAGAUGAAAGACGAAAUAUGAACGACCUUCUCAAAAACUGUACAAAUGGAACUCUCAGGAUCAACGCGACGUAUCUUCUCAACUGUACUUCUGAUGUUUCGAAGCUUAUUCCUUCAUCCCUGGAAUACUUUAAGUAUGUAUGACGAUUGGAGGACCUUUAGGGAGAACAGUUUAGAACUGAUAGAGCUAUCCAGUAUAAAUAAAGUUAGUUUAGUUUAGGUUUCCUUCUGUAGUAACACUGGAUCAAUAAGAGAUGAUCCUUACUGGACCUCUAGGAAGAACAGUUUAGAACUGAUAGAGCUAUCCAGUAUAAAUAAAGUUAGUUUAGUUUAGGUUUCCUCCUGUAGUAACACUGGAUCAAUAAGAGAUGAUCCUUACUGGACCUCUAGGAAGAACAGUUUAGAACUGAUAGAGCUAUUCAGUAUAAAUAAAGUUAGUUUAGUUUAGGUUUCCUCCUGUAGUAACACUGGAUCAAUAAGAGACGAUCUUUACUGGACUUCUAGGGAGAACAGUUCAGAACUAAUAGAGCUUUCCAGUAUAAAUAAAGUUAGUUUAGUUUAGGUUUCACUGGAUCAAUUUUGAUAUUACUUCUCGUAGUAAUCAUGUGUUGGGCAAGACAGAUGGUAUAGACGACAUGGGCGAUUUCAGAUGGAAGAUCUGUUUAUCACUUUUAUUUUGCUGGACGGUUGUCUUUCUGUGUCUGUUCAAAGGCGUAAAGACAUCAGGGAAGGUACGUUUUGUUUGAUGCAAUAGAAGGAAGGCCUGGAGUUUUGAUGUCCGUUCAAAUCAGAUGUUAAAUUUUAAAUUCUACAAAUCAUUCGUUUUUUUCCCUCCGUCAUCAUCACGAUCUUCACCAUAAUCAUCAUCACCAUCAUAACCAGAUGUUAUCAUUAUCACCAUUGUCACAAUCACCAGAUUUCAUCAUCAUCAACAUUACUGUCAUCAUCGUGAUCAUCAUGAUCAUCAUAAUCAUCAUCACCAGAUUUCAUCAUCACCAUUACUGUCAUCAUCAUCAGCAUCAUCAUCAACCAUCAUCACCAGAUGUUAUCACCAUCAUCACCAGAUUUCAUUAUCACCAUUAUGGUCAUUAUCAUCACCAUGAUCAUUAACCAUCAUCACCAGAUGUUAUCACCAUCAUUAUCACCAUCAUCGCCAGAUUUCAUCAUCAUCACCAUCAUCACCAUUACAGUCAUUAUCAUCACUAUGAUCAUCAUAACCAUCAUCACCAGAUGGUAUCAUCGUCACCAUUACCUUCACGUGUAAUUGAUAAUUCUACAAACCAUUCCUCUUCCUAGGUGGUAUGGGUGACAGCGACAAUGCCCUAUGUUGUUCUCUUCAUUCUGUUCAUUCGUGGAGUGACCCUGGAAGGCGCGGGGAUUGGAAUCGAGUUUUAUCUCAAACCAAAAUGGAGCAAAUUAUUGGAUGUUAAGGUGGGUGCUCAUUUUGUAUUAUAUUCUUUUCUGAGAAUAGAUUGGUUUCCUAUUCGCUAAGCGCUUUUUUGCAGCAGGGCCUGGUUUGUAUGAAUAUACAAUUACUUUAUGGUUUCCGUGUUUGGAUGGCCUGAUCCAAACACUUGGGAAUAUUGCUCGAGUUAAGAAAAGCGCGCUUUAUAUACAUGUUAUUUUAUAAGGCCGAAUAGCACUAUCCAUCAAAUUGUGAUUUUUCAACCGUUGUAAAAAUGCUUAAAAAUACGAAUAUCAUUCUUGUUUAAUCCAGGUAUGGGUGGCUGCAGCCUCACAGAUUUUUUAUUCUCUUGGUGUUGGCUGGGGGACUGUUCUGGUUUAUGGCAGCUACAAUAAGUUUACCAAUAAUUGUGUCUUGUAAGUGUACUAGAAAUGUAUCUAUACUGGAUAGCUGUCUAACACCCCACGGGAUGACACCCAAUGUCAUAAUACUAAGUGUUAUUUGUCUUCUAGUGAUGCUAUUGUUGUCAGCUGUAUCAACUGUGGUAGCAGUUUCUUCGCUGGGUUUGUCGUGUUCAGUGUUCUGGGCUUUGUAUCUCAUCAGUUGAAUGUAGAUAUUGAUAAAGUCGCCACUUCAGGUAAACUGACAUUUAUUUUAUCUUUCAUCAAGUUAAUUGUAAACAAAAGGGGCUUCGGUGAUGCAUCACCACCACCAUCACCAUCACUAUAACCAUCACCACCACUAUCAUCAUCACCACCAUCACCACCACCACCAUCAUCACCACCACCAUCAUCAUCACCAUCAUCAUCACCAUCACUAUAACCAUCACCACCACUAUCACCAUCACCACCAUCAUCAUCACCACCACCAUCAUCACCACCAUCAUCAUCACCACCACCACCAUCAUCACCAUCACUAUAACCAUCAUCAUCACCACCACCAUCAUCACCACCAUCAUCAUCACCACCACCAUCAUCAUCACCAUCACUAUAACCAUCAUCACCACUAUCAUCAUCACCACCAUCACCACCACCACCAUCAUCAUCACCACCACCAUCAUCACCACCAUCAUCAUCACCACCACCAUCAUCAUCACCAUCACUAUAACCAUCACCACCACCGCAAUCACGACAGCUAACCCGCAUCUAUUAUUAUUUUUCAGGCCCUGGUUUAGCAUUCAAUGUUUAUCCUGAAGCAAUCUCACAACUUCCAAUCUCGCCAUUAUGGGCCAUUCUCUUCUUCCUCAUGUUGUUCACUCUAGGACUUGACAGUCAGGUACGAACUGGACGAAGCUCAGGUGAGCUUCCCGGCAUACCGUGCUCACAUAAACAGGCCCUAAAUCCCCUUGUACUCACUAUGAAGCAAGCAGAACGCUUUGAUGUUCAAAUACUUGUGUUGUUCUCACUUAUGCUAGUGUUGUUCUCACUACGAAGCAAGCAGAAUGCUUUGAUGUCCUUAUGCUUGUGUUGUUCUCACUACGAAGCAAGCAGAACGCUUUGAUGUCCUUAUGCUAGUGUUGUUCUCACUACGAAGCAAGCAGAACGCUUUGAUGUUCAAAUGCUUGUGUUGUUCUCACUGUGUCCUCGCUACAACGCAAGAUAAAGCACAAGCAACAACAUAAGCAGCUACGUUUCCACUAUACCAGAUAGCUUUCCUUAGUGGCGCCAAAAAAUACCUAUCCGAUGCACAACUUUCAGAAGCUGAGCGAAACAACAUCUCUCCGUUGCAAUAAUUCCUCUGAAAAUAGCGUUCCUAAAAGGUACGGAUAGAUGUUUUUCACGGCGCUACGCAAAGCUAUCUGGCACAAUGUAAACAUAGCCGCAAUGUUUUGAUAUUCUUAUGACGACGGUACCUUACUCUUAAGCCUAUUUUCGUCUUCGCACGAACAAAUUCGCCCAGUGGAAAAUGGGUUUAUUCUUGUGCUUGCGUCGUGGCGAAGCAGGCUUAAGUGAAGCUUGAUUUUCUUUUAUAGUUUGGCACAUUGGAAUGUAUUAUAGCCGGCGUCGCGGACGAGUGGGGUGGCAAAUUCAAGAAAUACAAGUCAUGGUUUACCGCAUUCAUUUGUUACUUGUUGUUCUUCCUGGCGCUACCUAUGUGUACAGGGGUAUGGAGCUCAAUUCAUAGAUUGGUUUGAGUUAAAAUUUAUUGCUCCUAUAAGUUUUGACAAGGCCAUUUAGGACUUAACCAGUGGGGGACGAAUUUAGGUUGCCAACAUAUGCCCACAGUUAUUAAGUUAUCAAUCAUAUUGGUUUUCGGAAAUUAUCGAGAAUUUUCUUAAUUUAAAAAAAAAAUUUUUCCGAUAAUUUUUUAAAAACUUUCCGUGAAUUUUCUUAAUUUUUUUUUAAUUUGUCCGACACGGGACUUCACUUCUCUUAAUUUUGUUUAGGGUGGUAUAUACAUUCUCAAUUUGCUGGACUUCCAAGCUGGUGGCAUCUCUCUGAUAUUUUUAGCCUUCGUGGAAGUUUUGGUUGUCGGGUGGGCAUACGGUAAUUACGUGUUCUAUUUAUCUAGAGUUGUUGUGGUUAGAACUAUUGAGUAUAAAUAAAGUUAGUUUAGUUUAGGUUUCCUCCUGUAGUAACACUGGAUCAAUAAGAGAUGAUCCUUACUGGACCUCUAUGUUUAGAACUGAUAGAGCUAUCCAGUAUAAAUAAAGUUUAAAGUUAGUUUAGUUCAGGUUUCCUCCUGUAGUAACACUGGAUCAAUAAGAGAUGAUCCUUACUGGACCUCUAUGUUUAGAACUGAUAGAGCUAUCCAGUGUAAAUAAAGUUUAAAGUUAGUUUAGUUCAGGUUUCCUCCUGUAGUAACACUGGAUCAAUAAGAGAUGAUCCUUACUGGACCUCUAGGAAGAACAAUUUAGAACUUAUAGAGUUAUCCAGUAUAAAUAAAGUUAGUUUAGUUUAGGUUUCCUCCUGUAGUAACACUGGAUCAAUAAGAGAUGAUUCUUGUUGGAGAACAGUUUAGAACUGAUAGAGUUAUCCAGUAUAAACAAAGUUAGUUUAGUUUAGGUUUCCUCCUGUAGUAACACUGGAUCAAUAAGAGAUGAUUCUUGUUGGAGAACAGUUUAGAACUGAUAGAGUUAUCCAGUAUAAACAAAGUAAGUUUAGUGUAUAGGUAAAGGUUAUAGUUUACACGUAUGUGGUUCUAAUAUUGAUUUCAACGAAUCUUCAGGUGCUAAUCGUUUGGGAGGGAAUAUUGAGACGAUGACUGGCAAACGACCUCCAUUUUAUUUUAUCAUUUGUUGGAAGUUGAUCACUCCUCUCUUGUUACUUGUAAGUAUAUUCUUACUUUAAAGCCACAUUCAGACGAGCAAAUCUACUUCGUGAAGAACAAUUGUCAAAUAGUAGCAGGUCUUUGGUACAGCGUCGGUUAUUUUAUCAAGCUGCCAACGAAACAACGCUAGGUUGAAAUUAGUUGCAACAAGCUUUCGUUGGUAGGGAUACAACUACCUGAAAAAUACAAAGAGAAUUCCGACGUUUCGUGCGAAGAUCCUUCAUCUGGAGUUACUAGCCCUUGAGUAACUGCAGAUGAAGGGCCUUCGCUCGAAGCGUCGAAAUUCUCCUUAUAUUUUUCAGGUAGUUGUAUCCCUACGAACGAAAGCUUGUUAUUAUUGGCACAGAUGGUUUGAAAUUUGUUGUGUAAGUUAUUGACAAAUGGUUUCGGCGAACGAUGGUGAUCAACGGUUAAUUCUUGAUCUGCAUGUCACCAAAUACUUGACACAAAAUGAAAACUGCAUGAUAGUGCUCAGUGAAACAACCUUGUGCAACCAGCGCUUGUGGUGUUGUGGUCAUCACGCUUGCCAUUCAACCUGGUUCAAUCCUUGGUCGGACCUCUACUCAAGGUCUUCAAAUAACUCCAGGUGAUCUGACGGUGAGCAUAAGGACUGGGACUAGCAACAGAAUAGAAAUCCAGUUUCAUACCUUUAAUCACUUGUCACACCCUGAUUCUUUUGUGAAACUGUUUGAAACUUUGUGUAUGUGUCUUACACACAGAAAUGAAUAUCUGGGACAAAUUUGAGAUAGAAAUCUAAUACCGUUAAUGAGAUAUUGAAGUGAUUUUAAACCAGAAAUGGUGCCAGGCCUUUUCUGAGUUCCGAGAUCACCUGGCUGAGGAGAAAGAGCUACCUUUACAUUGACAUCAGUAAAUGGUUAGACUUUCGCGUCUUCUCGGAUAAGGACGUUAAAUCGUAGGUACCUUGGAUCCCCUAUCAAUUAAGCAUAGCCUGUUGGGAAAUCCUCUCACCAAUGAGUGAGAAACUGAAUAAACCAAACCACGGUUUCUCACCACGUAUGACCGUUUUGUACUUUAUUUAGAUUAUUCUGAUAUCAACGAUAGUCCAAUGGGAGGGAAUCACGUUAGAUGACUAUAAAUACCCUCCUUGGGCAGAAUUCAUUGGCUGGCUGAUUGCAUUGGCAUCCAUGCUGCUUGUUCCUGGCUUUGCUAUAUACGAAGUUUAUCAUGCCAGAGGUCUGACAAUACGCGAGGUAAGAUGGUACUAUAUUUAUACUGGAUAGCUUUGUCUCUUCUCUCCUAGGGUCAUCGCUUGUCAAUAAUAGAGUUAUCCAGUGCAAUAAAGUUAGUUUAUGUUUCUUCCUGUAGUAACAUUGAAGACUAUCAAUUCUAAACUGUUCUUUCUAGAGGUUCAGUAAGAAUCGUCUUUUAUUUAUCCAUGCAAAGGAAAAAACUAAACUAAUUUUAUUUAUACUGGAUAGCUCUAUCAGUUCUAAACUGUUCUUCCCAGAGGUCCAGUAAGGAUCAUCAUCAUCAUCUCUUAUUGACCCAGUGUUACUACAGGAGGAAACCUAAACUAAACUAACUUUAUUUAUACUGGAUAGCUCUAUCAGUUCUGAACUGUUCUUCCUAGAGGUCCAGUAAGGAUCAUCUCUUAUUGAUCCAGUGUUACUACAGGAGGAAACCUAAACUAAACUAACUUUAUUUAUACUGGAUAGCUCUAUCAGUUCUAAACUGUUCUUCCUAUAGAGGUCCAGUAAGGAUCAUCUCUUAUUGAUCCAGUGUUACUACAGGAGGAAACCUAAACUAAACUAAUUUUGUGACUUUCGUCGAAAAGAUGAAAGACCCACGCACUAUAUAACCAUUGUCAAAACAAAAAUUUUGUAUUGCAGAAAAUUUCCAAAUCCUUCCAGCCCAACAACGACCUCAUAUUAGAAAUUGAACAACGACAGGUGUCCACGAUCAAGUCUAUUCCUGAUUGA